UCGAAGUAGCAUAUUGCCGUGGUCCGUGGCAUCAAAAUGAGCACAUUGCUUGAGAGAUUACUUUGUAGUACCUUUAAAAUUAGAAACGUAUUCACCAUCCCAAGUUGCUCAUUUUAAAACUCAGAAUUUCCGAACGUAAGAUUGUGUUUUUUAUGUUUAAUUACAUUGACCCAGUUGGCUAGGUAGCCAGAUAACUACCGCUAGCAAGGUACUUCAGCCAGGAUGGUGGUGGCCAGAGAUUUAAAAGUUAGAAACAGUAUGAAAAAGAAAAACCGUCGUUUAAACGACUUCUGACACAAUUCAGUUAAAACGGGAUAAAUCUCUUGUAAGCACACAGAUUCUCGCGUGUGAAACACAAACCAGCUUCACUCUAACUUGGAAUAAUACAAUUCUUGCUAGGUGAUUAGCGAACUAGCUGUAGCUAGCUAGACUAGCUACGCAGACAAGGAGUCAAACAUUGAGAAGGUGUACUUGCAGAUCUCUGUCAUUGUCAGCAUUCACUAUGGCAGGAAGAGGUCGUGGGCGAGGUCGGGGUCAGCUCAGCUUCAACAUGGAGGCUGUGGGAAUUGGAAAAGGGGAGAACCUGCCCCCCUCCACUCUUCAGCCGACCCCACUGUUCCCUCCCAUGGAACACAAGCCUGUCCCCCUGCAGACAGGCGAGGAGGCUGAGUACAUGCUGGCGCUGAAGCAGGAGCUGAGGGGUGCCAUGAAGAGCCUGCCCUUCUACAUCAGGCCUGCUGCGCCCAAGAAAGAUGUGGAACGCUACUCUGAUAAAUACCAGAGUGCAGAGCCAACAGACAACACCAUUGAGUGGGACCCAGACUGGAAAAGGCUGCCCAAAGAGCUGCGGAUCCGGGUGAGGAAGCCCCAGAAAGAGAAGGCCCCACCUGUAAGGAAACACAACAAGGAGACCCGUGUGGACAAAGAGGAGAUUAUCCGCAAACUGGAGACGCUUGAAAAGAAAGAGGAGGAAGUGAGUUCAGAUGAAGAAGAGGGGGAGAAGAAGAAGCAGGAAGAGGAAGAGCAGGAGGGUGAGGAGGAGUAUGAUGAGGAAGAGUUUGAAGAGGAGACAGACUACAUCAUGUCAUACUUUGACAAUGGAGAGGACUUUGGAGGAGACAGCGAUGACAACAUGGAUGAAGCCAUUUACUGAGACAGGUGAAGUGAGGUGCAGGAACAUGAUCAAUCAAUCGAGUGACCACCAAACGACCUCACUCAGGGAGGUGGGGAGAGACAGAGAGCAGCACUUUGGUUCAUCACAGAGAAGCAGGUGGGAGAGAAACCCAGCCUGACCCCACUUGUCAAGUCUGCACUCAUAGAGAACUUUCACUUGAAGUUGCAGAAACCAGAGAUCCAGGUAUUUCCAGCUCGCUACCUGGAUUGUUGGGGCUGUGAUUGUAUAGUGCUGUGAACUCUUUUGGGCUAAGGUUUUCUCAGGGUAAUGCCCAUAGGUCAUGUUGCGACCAUAUCCCAGAAGUCAGAAAUUUGACUGUGAUCUGAGAGAUUUGCUGGUGAAGGCUGCCUUCACUCUCCCCAUGCAGAUCCAUUGUGUAACACAAUUCUUGUUAGAAUGUCGUUUUGAAUCCAAAGUUUUAUCAUCAUUUUAUCAUUUUAUACGUAAAAUGUUAACAUUUUCUA